AUGAAGCCCAGCGGGGAGCAGGGGACGGGGGCGGCCCCGGGAGACGACCCCUGGAAGGAGUGCGUGGAGGCGGCCGUGCAGCUGGCGCUGCGGGCGGGACAGGUUAUUAGGAAAGCUUUCACUGAGGAAAAACAAGUGUCCACCAAAACUUCUGCAGCAGAUCUUGUGACAGAAACAGAUCACUUUGUGGAAAACUUAAUUGUUUCUUCUCUGAAAGAAAAGUUUCCCUCUCACAGGUUCAUUGCAGAAGAAGCUACUGCUGCUGGUUCAAAGUGCAUAUUGAGUGCUAGCCCUACCUGGAUUAUUGAUCCAGUUGAUGGCACCUGCAAUUUUGUACACAGGUUUCCAACUGUGGCUGUUAGCAUUGGAUUUGCUGUUAAUCAUGAGCUUGAAUUUGGUGUAAUUUAUCACUGCACUGAAGAACGAUUAUACACUGGUAGAAGAGGUCAAGGGGCAUAUUGUAAUGACAAAAGGCUUCAGGUUUCAAAAGUGACAGACAUUUCAAAGGCCUUGAUCUUAACAGAGAUUGGUGCAAAACGAGACCCCGAAACACUGAAAUUAUUUCUUAGUAACAUGGAGAGGUUACUCAGGGCGCAAGCUCACGGGAUUCGUGUAAUUGGAAGCGCUACUUUGGCACUCUGCCACUUAGCAUCUGGUGCUGCAGAUGCCUAUUAUCAGUUUGGCUUGCAUUGCUGGGACUUGGCUGCAGCUACUGUUAUUAUCAGAGAGGCAGGUGGUGUUGUCAUAGAUACUUCAGGUGGCCCUCUAGACCUAAUGUCAUGCCGGGUGAUUGCUGCAGGUACCCAAGAAAUGGCUGCGUUCAUAGCUCAGCAAAUACAGACUAUUCAUUAUGGAAGAGAUGAUGAGAGUUGACAGGACUUUAAAUGUUUCUGAAAAUACUGAGGAACCCGCCCUUUGAACUACUUCACUUCCUUCAAGAUUGCUUGCUUAAUAGGGAUAAAUGGUUUAAAGGUGUACUUUCUUGUACUGUCGGUAUUUCAAAAAUAUUA